AUGGAUACCCAAACCAUCGAAAAAGACAGAAAGUAUUUCAUCUCACAACCAAGAGCCAAUUUAAAUAUCGUUGGAAAAUAUUUUGAAUCAAUAAACUCGCCCAGGUACUCCAACCUUGGAACGACAACAAAGAUACUGGGAGACUCAGCGGCUGAAGACGUCAAAAACAGAAUAAGCUACAGAAGACAACACAACCUUACACACACAACUUUUAACAUUAAUAAUCCAGCACAUUACUCUGUACAGAACUAA